AUACACAGAGAGGCAGUAAGAUAGAUAGAGGGAAAGAGAGAGAAAGAGAGAGGUAGAGGGGGGCGGGACAGUGAAAUAGAGGUCCAGAGAAAGUAGAAAAAGAAAAAAAGGCAGCACAUGAAAGGGAGAUAGAGAGAAACAGUGAGAUAGAGAGUGAAAGAGUGUAAAGAGAGAGUGAGAUAGAGAGAGUCUGGUGGAUAUGUGGGGGAGAGAAAGUGUGAGAUGAGUGGGAGAGAGAGAGAGAGAGGGAGAGAGAGAUCUGCGCAGUAGAGAGAGCGGCUCACGCAGUAGAUUCACUCCGCAUUAAAGCAGCAUUACAGCAUUUUCCGCGUUAUCGGUGAGAAUUUAUUCUGACUAAACAGGAGAGACUCACUCAGGCUUAUAGAGCACAGUGAGUCAUCACUAACGUGGGCACUGGGGCUUCACACACUCACACACACGCGCCGCGGCUGCAGCACGAGGGUUUAGCACGGGACCCGGCGGGGUAACAGCACUCUCUCCGGCGGCUGGGAUGGAGUGGAAGCACGUGGAAGCCGUGCAGGAGUUCACAGCUGAAGGACAAUGCAGCAAAAUCCACGUCCGAUCCUGCAGGAUAACAUGGGACUCUCCGCAGGUGGGGAAUCCUCGUGUGGAGAUGACGUUGUCCGAGCUGCAGGAGAUGGCUAUUCGGCAGCAGCAGCAGAUAGAGGCUCAGCAACAGAUGCUGGUGGCCAAGGAGCAGCGUUUGCGGUAUCUGAAGCAGCAGGACCCUCGGCAGGCUGCGUGUGAGCCAGAGAAGCUGCAGAAGCUCAGGGAGAGGGUGGAGAGUCAGGAGGCGAAGCUGAAGAAAAUCCGCGCCAUGAGGGGUCAGGUGGACUACAGCAAGAUCAUCAACGGCAGCCUGUCAGCGGAGAUAGAGCAUGUGAGCAGUCUGUUCCAGGAGAAGCAGGCGGAGCUGCAGCGCGCGGUGCUGAAGGUGGAUCAGCUCACACAGCAGCUGGAUGACCUUCGGCACGGACGUCUUAACGGCCUGCAGCCUGUGGGGGCGCCGCUGAGCGGGACGGCCGCACUGGAGCUCCGAAAACUCUACCAGGAGCUACAGAUCCGGAACAAACUCAAUCAGGACCAGAACACUAAGCUGCAGCAGCACAAGGACAUGCUGAAUAAACGCAACCUGGAAGUGACCAUGAUGGACAAACGCAUAGAGGACCUGAGAGAGAGACUGUACAAGAAGAAAGCUGAGUUGGGUCGGGUGAGUGGUCCUCCCUCUCCUCAGCCGGCUCCUGUUAGCUCUGGUCGAGUUGCAGCUGUAUUUCCGUAUAUCCAGGUCCCAGCAGCGGGGAGGCAGGAAGGGGGCUACACUUUACCCCCGGACCCCCUCAAACCACACCUGCUGUCUGCCCCAAUCAACCACACUCGAUCUAAAUCAGAGGACGAUGGGGUGAGGAAGCCCGCAGGCCCGUGGAAGGUCUCAGACUUAGACAUCAUAGUGGACCCUGUGGUGGCCUCCGCUGAGCCCAGAGAGGGGCCCGGGUCCCCCUCAGGCUCCGACUGUGCCUCCUCGAAUGAUGCGAACUGGCCUUCCUUCGCCAAAAGCAAAGCUCCAGACUGGAAGGACACCAGCCGAGACCCGGGCAGCAUGGCCGUGGGCGAGAAGGAUUCCCCCAAACUGCUGGGCACAGUAACAGCCUUGUCCAGACAGCCAGCCCCAAUUUAUGGCACCUACCCCAGCGCGGGUCACCACUCUACAGUCUGUGCCACCAGCUCCCUGCCCCGGUCUGCACCGGGAACACUGUCCUGGCAGAGAGGGCCCCCUGCCUGUGGAUCCUCCUCACAGCAGAUACAGCAGAGGAUCACAGUGCCCCCCAGCCCCACCUCCACCACCUCCCUUUUCCCUCAGGCUGACAGGACCGAGCCCCCACUGGCCGUCGCCGUGCGACCUUUCAUUCCGGACCGAGGGUCUCGACCCCAGUCUCCUCGGAAAGGUCCCGCCACCAUGAACUCCAGCUCCAUCUACCACAUGUACCUGCAGCAACCUGCAUCCAAAAACUACUCCAGCACCAGCAGCAGAGCCACAGUCAAAGCAGUCUAUGGAAAGCCAGUGUUACCGGGGUCCGCCUCCCCCUCCCCCAUACCCUUCCAGCAGCAGACCUCCAGAGAUGAAACUGACCGGGACGCCGACCCUGAGUGCUCCCCACAUCCUCCGCCGGCCGUGGAGAACAUCCCCCGCCCCCUCAGCCCCACCAAACUGACCCCGGUGGCCCACUCACCCCUGCGCUACCAGAGCGAUGCUGAUCUGGAGGUGCUGAGGAGGAAGCUGGCCAAUGCUCCCCGGCCUCUGAAAAAGCGGAGCUCCAUCACGGAGCCCGAGGGUCCGAGUGGGCCAAACAUCCAGAAGCUUCUCUACCAACGUUUCAACACACUGGCUGGUGGUAUGGAGUCUAAUGUCAGCGCUCCACCAUUUUACCAACCAGACAGCCCUCUAAGCCUCAUGGGCUUGGACACUGCUAAUGGGAAUUUGCUGGAAACGAGUGACUUAGCAGCUCCUUUAGCGGAAGCAUCCGCUCCAGAGCCUGAGCCGGCUACGUCAUCACCCACGGCUGAUGCCAACGAAAAUCGACUGGCGCAUCCAGGCGGUCAUACAGAAUCCCUUCAGCUCGCAGACACCUCAGCGUCCGCUCCUGAGGACAUCCCUGAGGACGGUCGUAACAAUAAGCAGAAUAAUCAGUCUGAAGGUGCAGACACGCAGUCCAGCCCAGCGCCAGAAACCCACUCACCUGCAGAGGAGGAAACCACAGAGCAGCCGGCCGGUGCCGCUUCGAUAAAACGGACCAACCUGAAGAAGCCUGGCUCGGAGAGGACAGGUCACGGCCUGAGGGUGAAGUUCAACCCACUGGCGCUGCUUCUGGAUGCUUCUCUGGAGGGCGAGUUUGACCUGGUGCAGAGGAUCAUAUAUGAGGUGGACAACCCCAGCACUCCUAAUGAUGAGGGCAUCACGCCGCUCCAUAACGCCGUGUGCGCUGGACACCAUCACAUAGUGAAGUUCCUGCUGGACUUCGGUGUCAACGUCAACGCGGCAGACAGUGACGGAUGGACGCCCCUGCACUGCGCGGCCUCCUGCAACAGCGUCCAUCUCUGCAAGCUGCUGGUGGAGUCCGGCGCGGCCAUCUUCGCCACCACCAUCAGCGACGUGGAGACGGCGGCGGAUAAGUGCGAGGAGAUGGAGGAGGGAUACAUCCAGUGCUCUCAGUUCCUCUACGGUGUGCAGGAGAAGCUGGGUGUGAUGAAUAAAGGUGCGGUCUACACUCUGUGGGAUUAUGAAGCUCAGAGUGCGGACGAGCUGUCCUUCCGUGAGGGAGAAGCUCUGACGGUUCUGAGACGCAGAGACGACACCGAGACCGAGUGGUGGUGGGCGAGACUCAACAACCAGGAGGGAUACGUCCCCCGAAACCUACUGGGGUUGUAUCCGAGGAUCAAGCCCAGGCAGCGUUCUCUGGCCUAGGGCCCCCUGGUGGUCAGACAAGAGAACGCAAGCCUGUUCCUGAGCUCGGUGUGGAGCCGCAGCUGGACGCUCUGGCCUGGCUUUGCCCUCUUCGUGCAUCAGUACCACCCCAGUCACAGAGACCAGAGGGCACGGCAAAGAGAGGACGGAGCAUGGAGCAUGUGUGGAGACUUUUAUUUAGCUGCCGGAGGAGAUUCGUAAAUCGAUGGGAGCCUGUCUUCAGUCUGCAUCCCUAGGUUUUAUUUAUUUGUCGCAUCAGCCGAGUUUACUCUUUCACCCAGAUCCCUGUUGAGGAGUACAGUAGAUUUCCCGUUUCCUUUCCCAGACUGCGUGAGGACUUUUUUGUGGGAUGUGAAUGUGUUGACAGUCAGAGAAAGAGGAUGCAGUGUCGAGUUCCUGGUGCGUGUGAGAGUUUCGUGUCCUGGACGGAGGAAACCGCGAGGGACGUGUCUUUCGUCUCCGCGGUGACAGAGCAGCUGAUUCCGAGAGAAGGAAGGAAGGAGUUAGAAAGUGAACAGAAGGAAAACUCGAUGUGAGGGAAAGUCACUGAAGGAUGUAGAGGAAGAGUCCUGGAGUGGAGACGUGCAUGUUUUUAUAUGUGGAAGGGUUCAUUUGUGGGGUUACACCGCAAUGAGUUAUAUUUUGGCAAGUGACAUCGUCAUAAAUCAUCAAUACGUGUAAUAUUUCUCAUUGUAGUUGUAGGAAUAUUAUUGUUGUUGGGAAAACCCACUUUUUGGAAAUACUGAGUUUGACGUAGUGUUAAAACAAAGCACAUUUCGCAAAAUUCACUGUUCGCUCCAUACAGUCCAUGGAAACUAAGCUGCGUUCACAUUACAAGCCUUGUUGCUCAAAUCCGAUUUUUUUGCUCAAAUCCGAUCUCAGUGACACGGUGGUUCCCACUCGUUUAGGUCAGUGACUCCAAUCGGUCACU